AUGCGGCGGUUCCCAUGUGCGUACGAGUGCCUGAGCGUGGAGUGCGUGCCGCCAUUAUUUUACGCUGAUGACCAGGCCCUGCUGGCCACCACGCCGGCAGGCCUGCGUUUCCAGCUUGGUUACCUUGAGAGCUACUGUGCCGCCUGGGGCCUGACGGUUAACACCAAAAAGACCCAGGUGGUAGUGUACACCACUGGCAGGGCUGCUGCCACGGAGGAGCGGUUCCGCUACGGCGGCAAUGAGGUGGAAACCGUCCCCACCUUCAGAUACCUCGGCGUGCACCUGCACUGCCGGCAGGCCUUUGCCUCGGCGGCAUCGUAUCGGGCGGAGGCUGGGCGGCGCGCGAUGCACCUGCUGCGUCGCCGCCUGGCCGAGAAUGGGUUGCAGGACCCCCUGCUCAGCAUGCGUGCGUUCAAGUCUUACGUCCUGCCGACGUUGUCGUACGGGGCAGAUCUGGGCGCCGCAGCUGAUUUUGCAGGGCAGGACGGCAUGCGAGCGGAGAUGGGGCAGCUGCCGCUGCCCGCCUACUGGACCUUGCAGGUUGCACGCUUUGUGAGCAACCUGCAGGCUAUGGGCGGCGAGCGGGUCGCCCGUCUUGCCAUGCUGGAUAGCCACAUGUGGAACUGGGCAAGUCUUGCAGACGUCUAA